AUGGCUGAGAAUCUUCGCUUCGAUGGACGUGUCGUGAUCGUCACCGGUGCCGGUGGUGGACUUGGCCGAUCCCACGCCCUCUUCUUUGGCUCCCGCGGUGCUUCCGUCGUUGUCAACGAUCUGGGCGCUUCCCAUACAGGAGAGGGUGCCUCGUCCCGUGCUGCUGAUGUAGUUGUGGAGGAGAUCCGGGCUGCUGGAGGCAAGGCCGUCGCCAACUACGACUCUGUCCUGGACGGCGAUAAGAUUGUGGAGACGGCCAUGAAGGCCUUUGGUCGUCUGGAUAUCGUGAUCAACAACGCGGGUAUCCUUAAGGAUGUGUCGUUCGCGCGCAUGACGGACGAGCAGUGGAAGCUGAUCUUCCAGGUCCAUGUUGACGGUGCCUACAAGGUCCUCAAGGCUGCCUGGCCCAUCUUUAGGCAGCAGAAGUUCGGUCGUAUCAUCAACACAACUUCGGCCGCCGGAAUCUAUGGCAACUUUGGUCAAGCCAACUACUCGGCUGCCAAGUUGGCCCUCGUCGGAUUGACAAAGACCCUCGCCCUCGAAGGAAAGAAGGACAACAUUCACAGCAACGUUAUUGCGCCCAUGGCCGCCUCACGCAUGACCGAGACCGUCCUUCCCCCAGACAUGCUCGCCUCCUUGAAGCCCGAGAUGGUCACUCCUUUGGUUGCCUAUCUCUGCCACGAGAACACGACCGAGAACGGAUCCCUCUUUGAGGUCGGCGCCGGUUUCAUCGGCAAGCUCCGCUGGGAGCGCACCGGUGGCUACGGUUUCCCCAUCGACCAGACCCUCCAGCCCGAGGACGUCAAGGCCAAGUGGGCAGAGAUCACCAACUUUGAGGACGGUCGUGCCACCCAUCCAGAGUCUACGCAAGAGUCGAUGGAGAGCAUCAUGGCCAACUUUGAGAACAAGUCCAAGUUGUAA